GUAGUCGUUGUCUUCAUAGUGUACAAAAAUAACCAUCAAAAUAAUACAGCUAAACAAAUUUUGCUGACAAAUAGUCCAAUUGCCACUACCUGCACUGGUAAACAUGAAGCUCUACAUUAUAAAACCAAUGUACACGUCAUUUUUAUUGGUGACUUUUUUCGUGGCAUUAUCCUCUUCAAUAUCAAUUUUUACAAUUGAUGGAAAAACAUAUUUAGAUUCAGAAUAUGAAUUAAUUUUUGGAGGACGCAAAGUUUUAAAUAUAAAUCAAAACACGAUUACAGGAUUGAAAAACUAUAGACCAUUGUCUGACGAUGAAAAAAUAAUUAUACAGGAGAAAAAGAAAAUAAUAGACAUACAGAGGGAAAAGGAAAGGCAAAUCAGGGACGAAGAAAGAGAAAAGGAACGACAAUUGCGCGAUGCCGAAAGGGAGAGGCAGCGGAAACAACGCGAAUUCGAACGGGAAGCACGUAAUAAGGAAAGAGAGAUGUUCCGACAACAACGAGAAGAAGAUAGGAUACAACGCGAUUUGCAGAGACAGAGAGAUCAAUAUUUACGAGAAGAGAAUAGGAAUGAGCAGCUAAGACGGCGUGACGAGGAGCGACAAAUGCGCGACGCGCAAAGAGAAAAGGAACAACAACAGCGCGGGGCCGAGUGGUCACAGCGCGGAUUGGCAAGACUGCAAGAGCAACAACAGCGUGAAGAAAACAGAGCGGCGGACCUGAGAAAACGCGAGGAAAAUCGUGCGAUGCUCGAGGCGCAGAAAGAAAUGAACCGAUCAAAUCGGUAUGCCGAAAAAGCACAAACCAAAGCGGAAACGACACAGCAACAGCGAAGACGCGAUCUCGAACUCAGAGAAGGAAUACAAAUACAUCGCAAACUGGAAAAAGUGAAAUCCAAUGUUGGGCGACCAUCGAGAAACGACGAAAACGACAAGAAACGAAGCGCCGAGAGCUCCGAGAGCAAGGCGGUCGCGCCGAAGAGACAGAUUAGCCGCAAAAAUACGCCUUAUGGCAACCGUGGAGCUGGAAACGUAAGAAUGACAAACCAAAAUAAAAUAAGUUUUAGGGGUAACGAGAUUACCUUUUAAAUGAGUACGACUCAAACGGAGCUUACGUCAAAAUAUGUAUUAAUUUCAAUAUCAUAGUUUUAACAAAUAAUUCAAUUUUGUAUCGUAAUUUAUUAAUCGCGAUGGUCACUCCGGCUCAAUACGAAAUAAUGCGUAAUCUAUAAUAUAGUCAUAUAUAUUUAUGACUGGGUUAAUGUAAACGUACUAAACGUCAUAUUGAAUAUUACCGUUUAAAAUAAUUGGUACCUAUACUUAUAACGCUUUUUGUAUUGUAGUCUCAUAAUUUAUACACGAAAUUGUAACCAUACGGUAUAAACGUUUGGUAUACUCGUACAGCUGUGUCGGGCCACAACGGUGCAAUAUUCAAAAUAAUAUAAUAUAUGUUUUACUACAUAA